UGAGACAAUCUGAAGGGCCGUUGGAGAGACAACCAGAGUGGAAUUUAACAUCUCUUGCAUAAUAACAGACACAGUAAACACGUAAGGUCAACAGAGCGCCCCAGUGAGGAGGGGGGGGGACAGGACCGCGGGGACCGAAGCUGAGUAAAAUAUCUGGACUGACCACACGAACAGGGACCAGACUCUCCUGUCCCUCCACGUUGCAGCUCCACCUGCAGCUCCAGGUUCACCUCACAUGCAUGCGAACUUUGAAAACUUCUGCACGUGCCAUUCCAGUUGGGAUUCCCGGGACUUCUUUGGCACACCUUUUACGCGCGCCUGCGCUGCCCUGUGACCGCCACACAGAGUCUGAUCCGACUGUGUGAGAAACUUUCCUCUCCGGGCCAUGCUGCAGUGACUCCAGCCCGCCGCCCCGAGCCUCCCCGAUCAAGUCGUAAACAGCAGCAAGCAGAAGAAGAAGGAUGCUUGGAAAAUAUUUAUAACGCACCGAACGGAGGAGACGAAAUCUGUUCGUGUCACUUGAUCGAGCCGAGGACAGUAAAUCACAAGGAGGCAAGUGGGCUGCAGAGGUGAAGCGAGGACAAGACAGGUUGGUGUCUCCAAAUUCACCGGGCUCGUGUUUCAGCCGCCCCGGGGGCUCCUGGUAUUAAAGCGUGCAUUUGACCUGGGAUAAGUUGUCAACAAGAACAGCGAGCGGAGGCGAACUGGCAGGUGUACAAGUUCAUUUACAUGCAUACGUAUAUUCACGCCACUAUAUAUAGAAGUUGUUUUAGAGACAAGCAGCCUUAAAAAAAGUUUCUCCACCCACCCCGCCGGCCUUGCAGCAGCCCCACGCACCGGGCGUGUGCGUGAGUCUAUAUAUAUACACCAUACAGGCUUUAAUUCCUCUUCGCAAUCUGUAUCCGAGGGGGCUGCCCGCCGUCGGUUUGGCUGUGAGGGCAGGAGUCGUCGCAUGGACUGAAAUGGCCACCGACCUUGCCAUGAGCGCAGAGCUGCCCAACAGCCCUCUGGCCAUCGAGUACGUCAACGACUUUGACCUCAUGAAGUUUGAGGUGAAAAAGGAGCCGCCUGAGGCCGACCGCUACUGCCACCGCCUCCCGUCCGGCUCGCUGUCCUCCACCCCGAUCAGCACACCCUGCUCCUCCGUGCCUUCCUCGCCGAGCUUCUGCGCCCCGAGUCCCGGCGCGCAGCCCAACCAGAGCCUGACCAGCGGGGUCAACAGCAGCGGCAGCAGCAACAACAGCAGCGGCAACAAUAAUCACAGCAACGCGGGCAAACCUCAGCUGGAGGAUCUGUACUGGAUCCCCAGCUACCAGCACCACAUCAACCCCGAGGCGCUCAACCUGACCCCGGAGGACGCGGUGGAAGCCCUCAUCGGUAACGCGCACCACCAUCACCACCAUCACCAGGCCUACGAGGGCUUCCGCGGGCAGCAGUACGUCGGGGAGGACCUGACCACGGCCUCGGCGGGCCACCAUCACCAGCCCCAUCACCACCACCACCACCACCACCACGGCCACCACGCCCGCCUGGAGGACCGCUUCUCGGACGAGCAGCUGGUCAGCAUGACGGUGCGAGAGCUGAACCGGCAGCUGCGGGGCUUCAGCAAAGAAGAGGUGAUCCGCCUGAAGCAGAAGAGACGCACCCUGAAGAACCGCGGCUACGCGCAGUCCUGCCGCUUCAAACGCGUCCAGCAGAGGCACAUGCUGGAGACAGAGAAGUGCACCCUGCAGAGCCAGGUCGAGCAGCUGAAGCAGGACGUGGCGCGCCUCGCCAAGGAGAGGGAUCUUUACAAGGAGAAGUACGAGAAGCUGGCCAGCCGGACCUACAAUGCCGGCGGACCCGCGAACACGAGAGAUCCGUCCGGGAAACAGGCCAACCCCGAGUUCUUCAUGUGAGAGACUGGCUGACUGUUUGUAGCAUAGACUCUGAGUUCUCCCCACACCGACAUCCUUUUUACAUUAUUUAUAUUUUUCUGCGUUUGUGUUUCGUUUACAGUUAUUCCCUCGACAGAAAAAAGAAAAGACACUAUAAACGAACAUCAGAUGCGCAUUUUGAGUCUUAAAGAUGUUUGGGCUAAACUUCUGUAAGCUCACUCCGAGCUGUCAGGUGAGCACAUGGGAUCACUUAGCCUGUAGACUUUUCUCUGGUCAGAAGUCUUAUUGAACCAGUCUAACAUUUUAACGUGACUGUCUUAAUUUAGAAAGAUGAUUUUGUCUUAAAACUGGGCGAAAGAUUUUUUUUUUCUUUUUUUCUUUUUUCUUUUUUUUUUUCCUGUCUUUUUAAAAAUCAGACCGGACUUGAAAGGGAAGCGGAUGAAGAAGAAGCCGCAACCACCGACAGACUGUUUGCGUGACAGUGAGGCGGUCGGUGCUGCAGAGAAGAGACCUUUCAAUAUUGCAAGUCUAUAGUUUCCCAUCCCUAUUUGUAACCCUGCAUGCAGGACAUGUAUGGUAACCUCCAGUCAUCUCCCAGAAUCCUUCCACGUGUAUGGAAAGCAUGGCCCACGGUUCUCUCCUCCUUCCUCCUCCUCCUCCUCCUCCUCCUCCUCUGCCAUCAGUAAGGCCUGGGUAUGCAAAAGCCACCAAAUGUUCCCCCCAUGAACCCCCUGAGAGGUGCGAGGACUGCGGACAAAAUUGCAACAACGCGCUACUGCGAAACAUGGAUGCGUCUUUAACUGCUAUUUUCAAUCAAUUUUUCUAUUGUUUUAAAAAGAAAAACACAAAACGACAAAAAAGAGAUUAACUGAGCCAGAUUUUAGACUGUAUUUAUUUCCACCUGUACAUAAUGUGUAGAGAGAAAAAAAAAAAACAGUUACCUGUGUUAUUUUACCUUUUUCUCUUUUUAAAGAAAAAAAAACCCGCUUUUGUUGCUUGGAUUAUUCGAAAUGUCUUAAUACAAAAUGUUUGUAUGUUACAGCAUGCAAAUCGUAUAUGGUAUCCUCCUCCUACUGAACAUGUGUAAUGUCAAAGGCGAGCCUAUACUGCACUAAGAAGAGAUCAAACUGGACAAGCGUUUUGUUUUCUACCGAUAGGACCUUUGAUCCGGAUGUAAAUUAGAUGAUGUGAGAGCCUCGGUCAUUAGAUGGACAAGGACUGUAUUCGCUGCUAAAACUCUAUGCACCAACCUGAUGAUUAAAAUGAGUUAAAUGGUUCUUUUUUUUCCCCUUCUUUUUCUUUCUUUCUUUCUUUUUUUUUUUUUUUUUUUAAUUUUUUAAUUUUUUUUUUUUUUUUACUUUUAAUAUUUGUAUAAAAAAAAGAAAAUUCUCGGGCCUGCGGGUUUGUUCCGCAGCCCGGUGUCUUAAUGAGUUCUUGUGUCUGAUAGGAGGAUGCUUGAUAGUUUUGAACAGAGGAGACUUUGCCUGGCGGUGGAGCUUACUGUUUUUGGAGUAACUCGAUGCAUUAUUCUGUCAACAAAAAAAAAAAAAAAAAAAAAAGAAUCCCUGGUUCGUGUGUUUUCUGCUGCCUAGAUAUAUGUGCAAUAUUGUGCAGAAGUGUCGCUGAAGCCUACCUGUUGGAUGGCAAGAACUUGCAGGAGAGAGAGAGAGGAGCUGGAAUGAUUAAAUGUUAGAUCAAAAUGCCACAGAAAAAAAAACAAAAAACAAACAAAAUAAAACGUGAUGCAUAUAUUUUAUUGCUCCCCAAAAUGUCCCAUUUUUAUAUGAGUGAGCCCAAAAAUCCAAAACAAAACGAUCAAAAAUGAAUCUCGCAACAAAUCUACAAAUUAUAAUCCUUUGCCACAAAAUAACUUUUUUUUUUUAAUUAUUUCUAUUAGAUUUUUUUUUUUUUUUUUUUUGGUCUUAUAAACUCCAAUUUGAGUCGUAUUUCCUGAAGCAAGUAGAGCCUGAACAUCCCGAACUGAUCUGAGAGAAGACUGCGAUAAAGCGAAAGGAAAGUCAACUUCUGCACAGUGCUGUCAGUGUAUAUCUGUACAUAUAAUUUCUAUAUUUAUUCAACGAACGUGUCCUAACGUGUCAACAAGUGGAAAACCUUCAAAGUGGAACGUUGUUGAGAAUCUUGUUUUCAUAAUGUUUAAUAAAAAGUUCUUCUGU